GUUGAAGAAGAGGAAGGAGCGGUUGUAAGCAUAAGCAUCUAGUGUAAUAGGAGGAGAUCAAGAUCAAGAAGAUCGAUCAAUGGCGUCGAAUCUGAGUCCUGCGUUCGCAUACACGGUUCUGUACGUGAAAGACGUAGCAAAGUCCGUAGCCUUCUAUUCGAAAGCAUUCGGCUACACUGUUCGUCGCUUAGACGAGUCACACAGAUGGGGAGAGUUGGAGAGUGGAAACACAACAAUAGCAUUCACGCCACUGCACCAACACGAGACCGAUGAUUUGACUGGAUCCGUCCAAGCGUCUCGAUCCGGCCAUGAAAGGCCACCUCUCGAGGUUUGCUUUGUUUACUCUGACGUUGAUGCCGCUUUCAAGUGGGCGGUGGAGAACGGAGCGGAGGCGGUGAGCAAGCCAGAGGUGAAGGAAUGGGGACAGAAGGUUGGGUACGUCAGAGACAGAGACGGCAUCGUCAUCAGAAUGGGUAGUCAUGUCAAGCCACCGAAACAGGAUUAAUUACAUCAUUCAUCAACCUCCAUGCCCACCAUCACCAUAUAUGAUAUGCUUUUCAUUUAGGACUCUAUUGUAAUCAUAAAUACAACCCGUCACUUAAACUUAAUUAGCUGCCAAUAAUAAAUGAAUUUACUA